CCCUCCGGUUGUGUCUCGGUGGUGGUGCAAGCAGCCAUGUUGCCGCGAGCUUGUUCCGGUAUGAGGGCUGGCUGCUGCGUUUAGACCGCAUUCGGUCGCAGCUCGUCGCCUGGCUACCCCCGACUCGUCCCUGGAAUCGACAGUCCCAUCGAUGAUGGAUCGUACAACCUGAUUUCAAAAUCCAGGCAGUCGGCCAAGCUGCUGGUGGACCAUCGUCAUCAUCGUCGGGGACUGGGGCUUGGUAGAUAUCGGCCACACCGCAGUGCAGUGCGGUACUGGUGAACGACUUUAUUAUUCCUAUGAACGCGAGAGACGCCAGGGCGCCGCUGGCUUUGGUGGAUUUUUGGACUUUGGUGGCUCGCUUGUGUGGCACCGGGGUCUUUUCCUCCUCCUCCUCCUCCUCCUCCGCCGCCGCCUGUGGCCGCUGGAGCGCUAGCGGCUAAGCGAACUAGCCUAGUUAGCUCCGCCUUGAAGGCAAGUCGGGCUAGCUCGAUGGGCUAAAAAACCAACCCCAAAACAACAAAAAAACAUCCGAACAAAUAAUUCUCAACUGGGCCAUGUUAUGGUUUUCCACAGUGGCGCUUUUAUUCGUCGGAUACCCCACCCUGGAUAUCUCGCCGGGGACGAUUGUUUCGUGUGAGUUGGCAAGGUCGGGACAGGGACCUCGCUGGGAAUAACUUCGGCCUGAAAGUUUGUUUUCCCCGACCUGCUUUUUUUUUCUCCCCCCACACCAAGGAAGGAACUGUCUGAAAAAAACCCACAGCAAAUAAAAACACAAGCCCUGAUGACAAUCUUAGUUUUGAGGAUUGUCGUCUAUUCGCUCGGCGUUGUACUGGCUUUAGCAUGCUAGUCACCUAGUUGAAACUUGUCUUGUUAAUGCAGCCCCAUUAGCCAUUUUUGUUCUUCCUUCGUCGCCACCGACUUUUUGAAAUGGUAAAAAUCAACCCGAAGUCUCCAUUGUGACAUUCUUUAUUUUUAUUGUUGACAAACAUGGGACGUGCGGUUGACAAGCUAGCGGGCUAAGUGUGCUAGCCGCCGAUGUGGGAUCCAACUUGUUGAUUCACGGGCUAUUUGACGUGCUGCUAGCACCGGGGCUCUUUUUCUAAUUUUUAUUUUGGGGCGAGAUUUGUACCCACAUCGAGCUUAAAUGUACAAAAGCCACUGAAUAUAGUUUUUUUGGGGGGGAGGUGGGGGUCACUGCUCCUCUGAGCCUUUUUUGCAACAAACAACCCUCGUCAAGUCAAUCCAAAAUGUCAACAAGGACCCCACUGGUGCAAGUCAUUGAAAAUUCCUCUGGGCAGGACUCCAAGUCUUUGUCCAGCCGCUCCAGCAUGCCGCGAUGUCGGAACUCCAUCACGACGACCACGUCGGACGACCAGCCGCACAUCGGCAACUAUCGGUUGCUGAAAACCAUCGGCAAAGGCAACUUCGCCAAGGUCAAACUGGCUCGCCACAUCCUCACUGGAAAGGAGGUGGCUGUUAAAAUCAUUGAUAAGACACAACUCAACUCCUCCAGUUUGCAGAAGCUCUUCCGGGAGGUGAGGAUCAUGAAGAUGUUGAACCACCCCAACAUCGUUAAGCUCUUUGAGGUGAUUGAGACCGAAAAGACUUUGUACUUGGUAAUGGAGUACGCGAGUGGAGGCGAGGUGUUUGAUUACUUGGUGGCUCAUGGCAGGAUGAAGGAGAAAGAAGCCCGUGCCAAAUUCCGACAGAUUGUGUCAGCAGUGCAGUAUUGCCAUCAGAAGUGUAUAGUACACAGAGACCUCAAGGCCGAGAACCUCCUCCUGGACGCAGACAUGAACAUCAAGAUAGCGGACUUUGGCUUUAGCAACGAGUUCACGCUGGGGAACAAGCUGGACACGUUCUGCGGUUCCCCGCCGUACGCCGCGCCUGAGCUGUUCCAGGGCAAGAAGUACGACGGGCCCGAGGUGGACGUGUGGAGCCUGGGAGUGAUCCUCUACACGCUCGUCAGCGGCUCCCUGCCUUUCGAUGGACAGAAUCUCAAGGAGCUUAGAGAGCGCGUUCUGCGUGGCAAAUACAGGAUUCCGUUCUACAUGUCCACCGAUUGUGAGAACUUGCUGAAGAAGUUCCUCAUCCUCAACCCCUCCAAAAGAGGCAGCCUUGAGCAGCAGAUAAUGAGGGACCGAUGGAUGAAUGUAGGACACGAGGAAGAGGAACUCAAACCCUACAUUGAACCCCAACCAGAUUAUAAGGACCCCAGGAGGACAGACAUUAUGCUGCAGAUGGGAUUCUCUCAGGAGGAGAUCCAGGACUCACUGGUGAAUCAGAAGUACAAUGACGUGAUGGCUACCUACCUGCUACUGGACUAUAGGAACUCUGAGCUGGAUGAGGGUGGUAUCAAGCCCCGGCCCGGAAGUGAUGUAAGCAACAUAAAUGCCCCCUCCCCGCCACACAAGGUACAGCGCAGCGUGUCGUCCAAUCAGAAGCCUCAAAACCGCAGAGCUACUGACCAGGGCUCCUCCUACUCAAAGAGAGGGGGGCAAGCAGACAACCGGACCGCUGGAGAGGAUUCUGGAAGGAAAGGCUUGUCAGGUAGCUCCACUACCAAGGUGGCCGCCAGCCCCUUGGCCUCCUCUGACCGCAAGAAGAGCGCCACGCCCUCCACCAAUAGCAUCCUGUCAACUGGCACUGGUCGCAGUCGGAAUUCUCCUCUGACUGAGAGAGCCACGCUGGGUCAGGGCAUCCAGAAUGGCAAGGACAGCUUAAACACUCCGGGUUCCCGCGCCUCCACUGCCUCAGCCGCCGCCGUCCUCUCCUCCUCCUCCUCCUCCUCCUCGCGUCCCCGCCACCACAAGUCCUUGUCCUCCUCCAAUCAUCCAUGCCCCUCUGACCUGCAUGCAUCACGACCCAGCGCCCCACCUCAGCGGGCGCCCGGCGCCUCACCGUCGGCCCACAACAUCAGCAGCGCCGCGGUGACGGACCGCACCAACUUUUCCCGAGGGGUGGGCAUCCGCAGCACGUUCCACGCGGGCCAGCAACGGGGGGCCCGGGACCAGCAGGGCUCGGCCUACCCCGGGGGGCCCGCGUCCCCGUCGCUGUCGCACGGCAACAGCCAGGCCCGAAGGACGCACGGCGCCACCGGGAUUUUCAGCAAGUUCACGUCAAAGUUUGUACGCAGAAAUCUCUCGUUCAGGUUUCCAAGAAGGAGUCCGUAUGAGGGAGAGGGUCGGGAAGAGGGCAGCAGGUCCAUGCUGAGCAGCACCGUGGACAAGUCCGAGAAGACGUCCGGCGGCGUUCUCUCCUCCUCUUCCAACAAUGACGAGAACAAUUCCUCACCAGGAUCCGGGAACACUGGCGGCACGGGCACGCCUCCCGCCAUCGCCGGCCAGAAGGACUCGGCCAAGCCGCGCUCGCUGCGCUUCACCUGGUCCAUGAAGACCACGUCGUCCAUGGAGCCCACGGAGAUGAUGCGCGAGAUCCGCAAGGUGCUCGACUCCAACAGCUGCGAGUACGAGCUGCGCGAGCGCUACAUGCUGCUGUGCGUGUCGGGCAACCCGGCGCGCGACGACUUCGUCCAGUGGGAGAUGGAAGUGUGCAAGCUGCCGCGGCUCUCCCUCAACGGCGUGCGCUUCAAGCGGAUCUCGGGCACGUCCAUCGCCUUCAAGAACAUUGCGUCGAAGAUCGCCAACGAGCUCAAGCUGUGAGCGGCGAGGAGAGCGGAGAUCGAAGGGCGGAUGCAGGAGGAGGUUUUGAGCAGGCUGGGGUCCAUUUUACAUAACAGCAGUGGUUUGCAGCAGGGCUAUCCGUUCUCACCUUACUGUCUCGAGGUUUUGGUUCCAAGGCAGUCGGUUCUUCUUUGUUUUUGUUGAGUUUUUUUUUUUUCGUCCCCCGUCAUCACUCUUCUGCAUGUCGGGUCUGCUCCUGAGCACUCCUCUCACUUCCUUACUAUUUAUUCUGCGCACAGCCCCUUUUUUAGUAGAACGGUUCUGGCCGGGGAUCUCGGUGCGGCACAUUCUCUAUGAAGGAUCAGCUGAAACUUUGUGACGGAAUGCGGAGCCUUGGCGUUUCCCCCCCGAAGUGUUCAUAUUCUCCUGUUGGACUCCCAACUGAGCCAGGACUGUUGGCUCUCAUGUCCACACAUACGCACGCACGCACGCCCACACAAGAUGGUUUUGGAUGGCUUCUUCAUGCCCCUGCCCGAACGAGACCUUCCUCCUCCCAAACCUUCCGCACCCUACAUCCAUUUCCCCCUUUCCUCCCCGCCUCUUUGAUUUCUGUCAGGUCAGCCCAGGCCAUUUAGACAUGACGUUAAUACCCAAAACAAAAUGUGUAUUCUCCUUCUUUUAUGGCUUUUUUUUUUUUUUUCUCAACACAGUUGUGCACUGGAAAAGAGAGGUAUAUGUCUAACCCACCUUCCCCCCGCAAUUGAUUCCCCCACCACCACAAACACACUUUACCGCCUCAUUUGACUGGUCCCAAAGAGUGAAAUGCACAACCAGCGCAUACGUGUCGGAAAGAUCUCCAAAAACGACGGCAAAUGGUGCAUUACUCUCUCAUACUUUUGAUUUGAUAAUAUAUUUUGGUGUUGUUAUACUAAUUUGGGAUUUGUAAAAUGUGUGCAGUUUUUCUGUUUGUUUUUCUUUCGGUGGGGUCGUGUCCAGUUCAUAUCAUUGCUGCCUUUUUUGUUUGUUUUGUUUUUCUGUUGGUGUCGUGCACCUUUUGGACACAUUUAUCAUCCAGGUUCAGCACCAAACCCCCAAAUUGAGGAUUUCUCAAAUGUAUGGUAUUAAUGGUGGUGAUGACCACACCUUUUUGUUUUUUGCUUUUUUUUUUUAUUUUAUUUUUUUUAAUUAUUAUUUUUUAAAUCCCCCCCCUUUUUUUAUUCUAACAGCCACAACGCAGAGGGAAAUGUUCCAAUGCCCCAACCUGCAUCAAUUUCUUUGUCCAUGCUCGCCUCCAGUUUGUUGAAGCAGCAUAAGCACACACACACACACACACGCACGCGCACACACACACGGGAUGGAAACGGGAUGUGGUGGGACAAGGAUUGGUCACAUUCUAACAUGAUGACACUGUCCUUUAUUUUAUUUCCUUUAAAGUCAGUUUUUCUUUCAAACUUGAUCAUUUGUAUUAAGGUGCUGGGUAUCGUAUUCUAAUGAUUAUUCUGGCUGUUGCUGUUAUAUUAUCUCUUUCAGGGUUUUUUGAUUUUAUCUCGCAUUAUUUUUUUGUUUUAACAUUGCUGUAAUUUACGUUGAUUUUUAAAUGUU